AUGGGUGAUGCAGCAAUGGCUGAAUUCGGGGCAGCAGCUCCCUACCUUCGCAAGUCGGACAAGGAGCGUCUGGAAGCCCAGACCCGGCCCUUCGACAGCCGCAACGAGUGUUUCGUGCCCGACGAGAAAGAGGAAUUUGUCAAGGGCAAAGUGACGAGCCGGGAAGGGGCCAUGAUGAACGUGCAGACGGAGAGCGGCAAGACAGUGACGGUGAGGGAGGCCGACGUCCACCAGCAGAACCCGCCCAAGUUCGACAAGAUCGAGGAUAUGGCCAUGCUGACUUUUCUGCACGAACCGGCCGUGCUCUACAACCUGAAGGAGCGCUACGCCUCCUGGAUGAUCUAUGUGAAUCGAGAAAAUCAAUCUAUCCUUAUCACCGGAGAAUCCGGUGCAGGGAAGACGGUCAACACGAAGCGAGUCAUCCAGUAUUUCGCCAGCAUCGCUGCCAUUGGGGACCGCAAGAAAGAGGCCACCAAUUCCCCCAAGGUAGUUCUUAUAAAGGGGACCUUGGAAGAUCAAAUCAUCCAGGCCAACCCUGCCUUGGAAGCCUUCGGCAACGCCAAAACUUUGAGGAACGACAAUUCUUCCCGUUUUGGUAAAUUCAUCCGAAUUCAUUUCGGAGCAACAGGCAAGUUGGCAUCCGCUGAUAUUGAGACAUAUCUCUUAGAGAAGUCCCGGGUGAUAUUUCAGCUCAAAUCUGAGAGAAAUUACCACAUCUUCUAUCAGAUCCUGUCCAAUAAGAAGCCGGAACUUCUGGAUCUCCUCUUGGUCACGAACAACCCUUACGACUAUCAUUACGUCUCCCAAGGAGAGGUAACCGUGGCUUCCAUCGAUGAUUCCGAAGAGCUAAUGGCUACCGACAGUGCCUUUGAUGUCCUGGGCUUCACCCCUGAGGAAAAAGUGGGUGUCUACAAAUUGACAGGCGCCAUCAUGCACUAUGGGAAUAUGAAGUUCAAGCAGAAGCAGCGUGAAGAACAGGCCGAGCCUGAUGGGACGGAGGAUGCGGAUAAAUCUGCCUACUUGAUGGGUCUCAACUCCGCCGACUUGGUCAAAGGAGUGUGCCACCCCCGGGUGAAGGUUGGCAACGAAUAUGUCACCAAAGGGCAAAAUGUCCAACAGGUGUAUUAUGCCAUCGGGGCCCUGGCCAAGUCCGUGUAUGAGAAGAUGUUCAGCUGGAUGGUGGUCAGGAUCAACAACUCUUUGGAGACCAAGCAGCCUCGGCAGUAUUUCAUCGGCGUCUUGGACAUUGCAGGAUUUGAGAUCUUCGAUUUCAACAGCUUUGAGCAGCUCUGCAUCAACUUCACCAACGAGAAGCUGCAGCAGUUCUUCAACCACCACAUGUUUGUGCUGGAACAAGAGGAGUACAAGAAGGAGGGCAUCGAAUGGGUCUUCAUUGACUUCGGCAUGGACCUCCAGGCCUGCAUCGACCUCAUUGAGAAGGAGAACCUCAACAAGUUGAUGGCCAACCUCAAAACCACCCACCCUCAUUUUGUGCGGUGCAUCAUCCCCAACGAACGGAAGGCCCCCGGCGGAGAGGGCGGGAAGGGCAAAGGCUCCAAGAAGAAAGGCUCCUCCUUCCAGACCGUCUCAGCGCUACACCGGGAGAACCUCAACAAGUUGAUGGCCAACCUCAAAACCACCCACCCUCAUUUUGUGCGGUGCAUCAUCCCCAACGAACGGAAGGCCCCCGGUAUAAUGGACAAUCCUUUGGUCAUGCACCAGUUACGGUGCAAUGGCGUCCUGGAAGGGAUCCGGAUCUGUCGGAAAGGAUUCCCCAACCGGAUCCUCUACGGGGACUUCAGACAAAGGUACCGCAUCUUAAACCCUGCGGCCAUCCCGGAGGGACAGUUCAUCGACAGCCGGAAGGGGGCCGAGAAGCUUCUGAGCUCCUUGGACAUUGACCAUAACCAGUACAAAUUUGGACACACCAAGGUAUUUUUCAAGGCGGGACUGCUGGGCCAACUGGAAGAGUUGCGAGACGAACGGCUGUCGCGGAUCAUCACUCGCAUCCAAGCCCGGGCAAGGGGCCAACUCAUGCGCAUUGAAUUCAAGAAGAUCAUGGAGCGCAGGGAUGCCUUGCUCAUUAUCCAGUACAACAUCCGGGCUUUCAUGGGGGUGAAAAACUGGCCGUGGAUGAAGCUGUUCUUCAAGAUCAAGCCUUUGCUGAAGAGCGCGGAAACCGAGAAAGAAAUGCAGGAACAAGACAACCUGAACGAUGCUGAGGAGCGCUGUGACCAGCUGAUCAAGAACAAGAUCCAGCUGGAAGCCAAAGUGAAGGAGAUGACCGAGCGGAUCGAAGACGAAGAGGAGAUGAACGCCGAACUGACCGCCAAGAAGCGGAAGCUGGAAGACGAAUGUACUGAGCUCAAGAAGGACAUCGAUGACCUGGAGUUGACUUUGGCCAAGGUGGAGAAGGAGAAACACGCCACGGAGAACAAGGCUCUCCUCUCCUCUCUUCCUCAACAGCUGGAAGGUUCUCUGGAACAGGAGAGGAAGAUCCGGAUGGAUCUCGAACGCUCCAAGAGAAAGCUGGAAGGAGACUUCAAGUUGGCACAAGAGAACAUUAUGGAUUUAGAGAACGACAAACAACAGCUGGAAGAGAAAAUUAAAAAGAAAGAGUUUGAUAUCAACGAGCAGAACAGCAAGAUUGAAGACGAACAAGCCUUGGCCUCACAGCUGCAGAAGAAACUCAAGGAGCUGCAGGCACGGAUUGAGGAGCUGGAAGAGGAGAUGGAGGCGGAGCGCGCAGCCCGGGCCAAGGUGGAAAAACAGCGCGCUGAACUUUCCCGGGAACUGGAGGAGAUCAGCGAACGUCUGGAGGAGGCCGGAGGGGCCACCUCGGUGCAGAUCGAGCUGAACAAGAAACGGGAGGCCGAGUUCCAGAAGAUGCGACGUGACCUGGAAGAGGCCACGCUGCAGCACGAGGCCACGGCGGCCACCUUGCGCAAGAAGCACGCGGAUUCCAUGGCCGAGCUGGGCGAGCAGAUCGACAACCUGCAGCGGGUGAAGCAGAAGCUGGAGAAGGAGAAGAGCGAGCUGAAACUGGAGCUGGACGACGUGGCCUCCAACAUGGAGCAGAUUCUGAAGGCCAAGGCAAAUUUGGAGAAGAUGUGUCGCACCAUCGAGGACCAGUCUACAGAUCACCGCGCCAAGUUGGAGGAGACGCAACGGACCCUCAAUGACACGAACACCCAACGAGCGAAACUGCUCACCGAAAAUGGAGAACUCGCUCGACAGCUUGAAGAGAAAGAGGCCCUCGUCUCCCAGCUGACCCGCGGGAAACAGUCCUACACCCAGCAGAUGGAGGACCUCAAGCGACAACUGGAAGAGGAGACCAAGGCCAAAAAUGCUCUAGCGCACGCUCUGCAGUCCUCCCGCCACGACUGCGAUCUUCUGAGGGAACAGUACGAGGAGGAGAUGGAAGCCAAAGCUGAGCUUCAGCGGGUCCUCUCCAAGGCCAACUCGGAGGUGGCCCAGUGGAGAACCAAGUAUGAAACCGACGCCAUACAGAGAACGGAGGAGCUGGAGGAGGCCAAGAAGAAGCUGGCCCAGAGGCUGCAGGAGGCCGAGGAAGCGGUGGAGGCGGUGAACGCCAAGUGCUCCUCGCUGGAGAAGACCAAACACCGCCUGCAGAACGAGAUCGAAGAUCUCAUGGUGGACGCGGAGCGCUCGAACGCGGCCGCAGCUGCCCUGGACAAGAAGCAAAGGAACUUCGACAAGAUCCUCUCGGAAUGGAAGCAGAAGAAUGAAGAAUCUCAGGCAGAGCUGGAGGCAUCCCAGAAGGAGUCCCGGUCCCUCAGCACGGAGCUCUUCAAGCUGAAGAACGCCUACGAGGAGUCUCUGGAACACCUGGAGACUUUAAGAAGAGAGAACAAGAACUUACAAGAGGAGAUUUCGGAUCUCACCGAGCAGCUGAGCCAUGGAGCCAAAAGCAUGCACGAGUUGGAAAAAGUGAGGAAGCAGCUGGAGUCCGAGAAAGUGGACUUACAAGCAGCGCUGGAGGAGGCAGAGGCAUCUUUGGAACAUGAGGAAGGGAAGAUCCUCCGGGCCCAGCUGGAGUUCAACCAAAUCAAGGCCGAAAUUGAGCGCAAGUUGGCCGAGAAGGAUGAGGAGAUGGAGCAGGCCAAGCGGAAUCACCUGAGGACGGUGGACUCGCUUCAAGCUUCCCUGGAUGCCGAGACCCGCAGCCGCAAUGAGGCCCUGAGGAUCAAGAAGAAGAUGGAGGGCGACCUCAACGACAUGGAGAUCCAGCUUAGCCAAGCGAACCGGGUGGCUGCUGAGGUUCAGAAGCACCUCAAGAUCGCUCACGCCCACCUCAAGGACAAUCAGAUUCAACUGGACGAUGCCCUUCGAGCCAAUGAGGACCUGAAGGAGAACAUCGCCAUUGUGGAGAGGCGCAAUACACUGCUGCAGGCUGAGCUGGAAGAGCUACGCUGCGUAUUGGAGCAGACGGAGCGUGGGCGGAAACUGGCGGAACAGGAGCUGACGGAGGCCAGUGAGAGGGUCCAGCUCCUCCAUUCUCAGAACACCAGCCUCAUCAAUCAAAAGAAGAAGAUGGAGACUGAUCUGACCCAGCUUCAGUCAGAAGUGGAAGAAGCUGUGCAGGAAUGCAGAAACGCUGAGGAGAAGGCCAAGAAAGCCAUCACGGAUGCGGCCAUGAUGGCGGAGGAGCUGAAGAAGGAGCAGGACACCAGCGCCCACCUGGAGAGGAUGAAGAAGAACAUGGAGCAGACCAUCAAGGACCUCCAGAUGCGCCUGGACGAGGCGGAGCAGCUGGCCCUGAAGGGCGGCAAGAAGCAGCUUCAGAAACUGGAGGCCCGAGUGCGGGAGCUGGAGAACGAGCUGGAAGGGGAGCAGAAACGCAACGUGGAGAACGUCAAGGGCAUGCGCAAGUGCGAGAGACGCAUCAAGGAGCUCACCUACCAGACCGAAGAGGACAAGAAGAACUUGCUGAGACUCCAAGACCUGGUGGACAAGUUGCAGAUGAAGGUGAAAGCUUAUAAAAGACAAGCCGAAGAAGCGGAGGAACAGGCCAAUACCAACCUCGCCAAAUUCCGGAAGGUUCAGCACGAGUUGGACGAGGCGGAGGAGCGGGCGGACAUCGCUGAGUCCCAGGUCAACAAGCUGAAGGCUAAAACCCGUGACGUGGGAGGAAAGACACUUCACGAUGAAGAGUGA